CAUGUGGUGACUCAGUAUGCCUCGGACCAACAUGUGGUGACUCAGAGUGCCUCAAAUCAACAUGUGGUGACUCAGAGUGCCUCGGAUCAACAUGCAGUGACUCAGAGUGCCUCAGACCAACAUGUGUCUCAUGAACACACAAAUGCAGUGACAAAGAUGUCUUCCAAUGUUAAAACCACCACCUCUAUUCAAAAUACUUCAUAUCAGGUUGAAAAUACUUCAUACAUGGCAGAAAAUACUUCAAGUAUACACUCUCUGGAUAUCACUGACAGUAUAGUUAUUCCAGAGGGUCAGAAUGUACCAGCUUUGAAACACUCGCCACCUGUUAGGGAUACCGACUCCCAAAUACGAGAAAAUGAACCAGAGACACAUGAUGCUAAAAGUGCAAUACAUGGGAACAUUCCAGAAGCAAAGGAGCUGAAUGUUGAGACGGGUAAUCGAGAUUUGGCCAAUGAAAGUUAUCAAAAUCAUCCACCUUUAAGUACAUCAACGCCUAUGAGGCCAGUACCUCAUCAACGUUACAAAGAGCAUAAUGCAGCAUUUGAAAAUAUAACCACCUCAAAACAAACCAUUGAACAUAAAGAGAAAACUGUCAAGUAUAAUAUUCAACAUGAACAUGUGUUUGAGGGACUGGACUCUGGAGUCAAAAUGGAAACCCCAAAUCCAGCCCCUGUAUUCAAAAGUGAGACCCCCACAUCUAUGUUUGAUGAUGAUGAGCUUGAUAAAGUACUGAGAGAGAAAGCUAAGCUUGAAGGACAAUUGGAGAUGCUUGAGAUUGAAGCCAGAGCUGCUAUCAGGGAUCGUGCUGAACUCCAGACUCAAUUAGCUUCCCUCCAAACCCAGUUAAAAUCAAGGGCAUCAUAUGAUAAUAUGAAAGGAGAUCGAGAUCUGCAAUCUGAAUUAGAUACAAUGCGCAAAAACCGAACGAAUCUAGAACUCGCAAUCAUGGAUGCCCAUAAAGUUAUUGGUGACAAAAUGGAGGAAAUUAAAGCUGCGCAAGAGGAGGUGCAGAUUGCACAAAAUGCUAACGAUAAGCUGAAUGAUAAGAUUCGUGAACUUCGGGAUGAGACCAAAUCUAAAGAUUCCACGAUGCAGGAUCUGAAGAGCAAAAUAGCGGAGCUUUAUGUCGAAGUUCAGACAUCCAAUCAGGCGAGGACACAAGCAGAAAAUGAGAAUAGGUCGAUGAAAUCAGAUCUAGACUCCCUUAUGAAGUCCAAGGAAUGGUACCUGGCCCAGUUACAAUUCACACAGGAGGCGCGUUCACAACUCCAAGGUGACAUUACAAGUGUUCAAGUUACAUCUGUUUCUCAAAGUAACCAGAUUGAGCGACUAAAAACUGAGAACUCAGAGCUUCAGCAGGAACUAGCUGAAGUUCAACAAAAGGCGAUAAGUGAAAAGGAGGCUCUAGCACGCCAUCUUGAGGCAAUAGAGGCAGACAUGAUGGAGCGUGAGGCUGGAUUUAAAGAGAUGCAGUAUAAUCAGGUGGUGUCCGAGCAGGCCCUCAAGAGGAAGAUGCUUGCAAUGGAAGAGGAAAGGACCAAGCUUUCACACGUCAAUGAGCGAAUACUCGAACUUGAACACGAUCUGCAGAAGGCCAAAAAUGAGCUCCGACAAAAGGAGGCAACGAUUGGGGUUUUUGAACGUGAGCAAGCUGAGCUUAUGAAACGUCUGACUCUCUCCUCUGAGAAUAUAACCCAACGUGAACAUUCCUUGGACUCGCUUGAACAACGCACAAUUGACUUUGAAAUGAAAAUAAAGACACUUCAAAAAGAUUUGAAUAUACGCGAUGAGGAGGUUAUGAUUCUUAAACAGGAGAAAUCGACGAUCGCGAUGAUGUUGGCAUCGGCCCAAGAGGAGAAGAAGACAUUUGAUGAAGCUCUACAUACUCUGAAAGAAGACAUGCUUAAAGUGGAGCAAAGCUUUAAACAGAUGAGACAAGACCUGAAUGAAAGAAAUGAGGAGUUGAACAUGGUGAAACAUGAGAGAGAUCAACUCCAACAUGUUCUUGAUAACACUAAGGUGGAAGUUGAACAGAAAGUUAAAAGCUACGAGUCUCAGAAUGUUGAAUUCUCAGAAAAAACGAAAGCUCUGGAUGAGUUACGCAUCAACAAGGUUAACCUAGAAGGAGAAAUUGGGAAACUUAAAAUCGAUCUAGAGAUAGCCAAAACUGCGCAAGACAGUCUUACCAGAGAAAAUACAUCACUUGAAAAAGAACUAUUGUCGUUCAAAUCUAAAUAUGAAGAUAAUGAGAGUACUUUAAAUGUCACACUUGCUGAGAAAGCCAGACUAGAGGGGCAGAUAGAAAUGUUAACCUCAGAGCAGGAGAAAUUACGAGUCAUGGCAGAGGAAAAUGAAGUUUUAAGAUCUAAAGUUGGGAAUCUCGAAACUGUAUCUCACAAAGAUGUUGCGCUUCAAAAAGCGAAAAUUCUCAAACUUGGUGCUGAGAUUAAGUCUAUAACAAAAGAAUCAAAAGAAAAAUGUCAAGAAUACGAAAUGAAACUGGCAAAUCUGGAUGGAAAAUUAUCAGUUGCCAUGGAAACCAAAACUCAGAAUGAGGCUGAAAUUUUGCAGUUGAAAAAGAGGCUGGAAUCUGAGAGCGAUGAAAAGGUUCAGCAUGUCAAUCAAAAACUAGAGACAACAGAAUCAGAGCUUGAGACCACAUUGAUUCAAAAGCAGACUCUCGAGCACAAAAUACACGAGAUAGAAAUAAGAACUCUGAGAGAGAUAGAGGAGUAUAGGAUCAAGGUUAAAACUCUGGAGAAACAGAUGGUGACGACACGUGAGAGCGAGAAGCAGAAAUUGACGGAGAAAAUGAAGAAAAAGAUGGCGCUGGAGUUGGAACGAGAAAAAGGACGACUAGCAGGUGUGAUGCAGAGCCACUCAGCCUUGAAGCAGCACACCUCUCUCUUAGAACAAGCCCUGGCAAAGCGUGAAGGUACACUGGUGGAACUAGAUUCUGUGGCGCAAUCAGAGAUGCGUGAUAAGAACAAAUUGGAGUCUUUAUACAGAGGACGUAUCACAGAGCUUGAAAGCAUCCUUGAGAAAGAGCGCAUGUCAAGUAAAGACGUGCAGAAACAGCUGAUGGUACAAAGAGGCAACAACACUAAAUAUCGUAAAGAAGUGGAGUCCCUAAAGUUAGAUGUGGAGCAGCUAAAUAAAGACUUGGAGUCAUGUAAAUCUCAAUUGGAGCUUCAACAGACUGACAAAGAAAAGGAUACUCAGGUGGAACUCCAAUACAAGACAGAGAGUGAAAGGUUGAACAGGGAGCUACAGGCCAUGAAGAUAGAAAUUGACAGACUGAGAUAUGAUAUUUCCGAGGGAGAAACUAGAAACCCACUUGUGCAACAACAAAUACAGCAACUGGAGUGGCAAGUGAAACAGAAGGGAGAGGAGCAUGUGGCAUUGAAGAAACAGAUGAGACUAAUGGAGAAGAGACAACAGGUGGAGUUGAAGAACAUGAAGAAAACUGUAGAGGCCAGGAAUAAAGAAAUUGAGCAUCUCCGUCAUGAGUUAGCAGUUUCACGGAAGGAAAAGUUUGACUACCAAUCAAAGCUUGCCGAGUUGAGAGGAACCUUGAAAGCUCAUAAAGCUCAGCCUAUAGAUGUCACAGGUGGUUCCCUUGGGCUCCCAGAGGUGGCGCCACUAGACACAGAAGCCAUUGAGAAGCUUUUGUCAGAUACAGAGAAACAGAAAGUUGACAUUAGCAAGCCACUCAAUGUGCUACAGACAUGUUUGACAUCUUUGAGAAGUGAGAUAUCUAGUCUCCAACAACAUGUAGAGGGUCACACUAUAGCAGUACAAUCUUCAACACAUUCGUGGAAUCAAGUGGAAGACCAUGUAAAAGAAUUACGAACCAUAUCAACACCCAGCGAUGAUUCAGCACGUAGUCGAUCCGCGUCACCAUUUGAUGAUGUCACAAUGGAGCCUCUGACAUCAGAGGAUAAAGCAAUCUCUGUUUCUUCUAGUAAUGAAGGAUCUAGUCAGUUAGACCAACCAGGGGAUAACACUAUGUAAACGACCACUAUGGGAUAACACAAACUAAAAGAACACUAUGGGAUAACACAAACUAAAAGAACACUAUGGGAUA